AUGGUGAUGAUGCGGCAUCACAUUAUUCUUACAACUCUUCCACUCCUAACUCUGGCAGCACUACCGCCCAGAAAACUCGCACCCAUCCUACCAGUUACAUACGAACCUAUACCCAACCAAUACAUUGUCAAACUGAAACGAUCGAGCAGUAUCAGAUCGCGCGACAACGUUAUCUCUUUGUUACAAGAUGAGUCUAUUCAGGAAUGGAGUCUUGCUAUGAAUGGCUUCGCGGCCAUUAUGUCUGGCGAAAUCUUGGAUACUAUUCGCACACACACGGACAUUGAGUACAUUGAACCUGACGGUCAUGCCUGUGCUACAUACUUGAUGAACCCGGAUGGGAGUGGUCCCUUCUUGAGUAACAGUACCUCGCAUACUGUUACUCAAUCGGGAGCAACUUGGGGUAUUUCCAGGGUGUCGUCAAAGAGGCCUGGCGCCAAGGACUACAAGUAUCAAAGCUCGGCAGGCGGGGGGACCUGUGUCUAUAUUAUUGAUACUGGUAUGGAUUUGAAGCACGCCGAGUUCGAGGGUCGUGCUGUACUCGGUAAGAAAAUCGCCCCUGGUAGAGAUGGCGACAGGCUUGGCCAUGGAACGCACACUGGCGGUACAGUUGGUGGUAAGCUAUACGGCAUUGCAAAGAAGGCCAAGUUGAUUGAUGUCAAGGCUAUUCCUGAUGAUGGUGUCGGUCCAUGGUCACAUAUAAUUUCCGCCUUUGACUAUGUCAUCAGCGAUAAUAGAGAAUGCCCCAAAGGGAAGAUAAUCAACGCAUCUUUGGGGGCGGCGGGCGGAGUCAAGGCACCGAUGAUGCCGUAACAAAAGCUGUCAAGAGUGGUAUCUUUGGCUGCUA